AUGCAAGGGGAUGAUAUAUCGAAUGAUCCCUCUGCUUGUAGGGAUAUCUUAAGUGGUUUGGGCACCCCGUUCAAGGUUCUUCGGGCCCGUGGUUUGCCCCGUGAGCACCGAAUAAACCAACUCUCCUCCAUGCUUGUUGGGAGUUCCAUAAUGGCGAAUGCUAUUAUGGAAGACUACAAGGUUCUGGGUCGCAAGGAGGCGGAAACUGCUCGCCUGCGGGCUGAGGCCGAGGCGAUGGCUAAGGCUGCUCAGGAUGGUGCGGAGCAACUUGAAAGGGAGAAAGCUGCUUUUGAGCAGUAUAAUCAGACUGAGGCUUGGGCCGCAACAGCUGGCCUUAAACAGGUCCGUACUCUUGCUAAGUUGCUUUCUGAUGAGCGCAAGGGUUGGACGGAAGCUUGUGCUCGAGAAAAUGAAAAACUUUACCGUGUUCGUCAGGAGGUCAUUAAUCUCAAAACAGUGAAUGCUGCUUUGAUGAAGGAGAAGACCGCAGCUGAGGCGGUUGCCAAAGAGGCCAAGGAGGUGGAGGCCCGUGCUGCCAAGGCUCUUGAAGAGGCGAAUGCUGAUCGCAGCCAUUUGAACAAGGUUGUUGAGGAUCUCAAGAACCGAGUGACUAUGCUUGAGGAGGUCACUGUGCGCGCGACUGAAGCUGAAGCGCGUGCAAGGGAGGCUGUUGAGGCCAGAGAUAGCCUGGUUUCUUCAUUUGAUCAGCUUAAGGCAGAUCGCGAUUGGAUGCGUGAUCACGGUAUCUGGCAUAUUGUUGGAACUAUUCUUGACGCGCCUGAGAACGCAGCUGCUGUAAAUGAGCUCAAGGAGCGUGCGCGGAAGGCAGGAUUCAAGGUUGGUUACAAUCGAUGCAUUAGUCAUAUGAACCCCUUGUACCAAAGCAUAUUUACUGACGAAAGGUCUGGGUUCCAUGGCGUAGAUACUGAAGCACGGUAUGCUGCAGCCAUUGAGGCGUACAACAACCUGUCCAUUUCCGCCAUUGAGGACAUUGAUAAAUGCUUGGAGGCGGAAGAUUAUGUGGAUCGUCUGCGGUUGUUGUAUGCUGAUCUUGAAGAGGAGGAAGUGACCGCUGGUGGCGCAAAGGGAACGAUAAUAAAAAAUUAUUUAAUCAAAACAAAAACAAUAGGAACGACUAACCGAAAGUUUAAUCGAAUCCUAAUCCAAACAGUUGUAACAUUAAGCAACCCAAAGUUCUAA